AUGGGCUGUCCUGCACUCACACAUGCGAAGCUUUUGAAUUGGCUGCUGUUGCUGCUGUUGACUUUGCUAUGCCCUCCUGCUGCUGCUUAUUUGGAUGAGCCCAAGCCGAGCAGUAGUUUGUUGCCUCCCUAUGAACCUGACCAUGAGGAUGCUGUUGGUUCUUUACAAGAGAAGAGGUUACAAGUUUUCACACUGGACUAUAACUAUGUGCAAAUUCCCUAUGAAGUUACUCUUUGGAUACUUCUUGCUUCUUUUGCAAAAAUAGGUUUCCAUCUCUACCACCGAUUACCAAGACUCAUGCCUGAAAGCUGCAUCCUGAUUGCCAUCGGAGCACUGGUUGGCGCGAUCAUCUUUGGUACCGAUCACAAAUCCCCACCAGUGAUGAACACAAGUAUUUACUUCUUGUAUCUCCUUCCACCUAUUGUCCUGGAAGAGGGCUAUUUCAUGCCAACUCGUCCAUUUUUUGAAAACUUUGGGUCCAUUCUGUGGUGGUCUGUGCUGGGAUCUCUGCUGAACUCAUUUGGGAUUGGCCUCUCCCUCUAUGGUGUGUGCCAGAUUGAAGCCUUUGGCCUGACCGACCUGAACCUGCUGCAGAACCUGCUCUUUGGCAGCAUGAUUUCGGCUGUGGAUCCUGUGGCAGCUCUGGAAGUUUUUGAAGAAGCCUCUGUUAAUGAGCAGCUUUAUAUGAUGAUUUUUGGAGAGUCAUUGUUAAAUGAUGGCAUAACUGUGGUAUUAUAUAACAUCUUCAUCGCCUUCACCCAGAUGCACAGGUAUGAAGAGAUCGAAUCCAUCGACAUCCUUGCUGGCUUUGCUCGCUUCUUCGUGGUGGGGCUGGGUGGUAUGCUGUUUGGCAUCGUCUUUGGAUUUGUUUCGGCGCUCAUGACUCGAUUCACCCACAACGUUUCUGCUAUUGAACCUUUGCUGGUCUUCAUGUUCAGCUACUUGUCAUACUUGUCCGCUGAAACCCUUUACAUCUCGGGAAUUUUGGCCAUGACAGCAUGUGCAGUGACUAUGAAGAAAUACGUGGAGGAGAACGUUUCCCAGAAUUCCUAUACGACAAUAAAAUACUUCAUGAAGAUGCUGAGCAGCGUCAGUGAGACCCUGAUUUUUGUGUUCAUGGGAGUGUCUACAGUGGGGAAAAACCACGAGUGGAACUGGGCCUUCAUUUGCUUCACUCUGCUUUUCUGCCUCAUUUGGCGAGCACUGAGUGUAUUUGCUCUCUUCUAUAUCAGUAACAAGUUCCGAACGUAUCCCUUCACUGUGAAAGACCAACUCAUUAUUUCCUACAGUGGUCUUCGAGGAGCCAGUAGCUUCUCUCUUGCGUUCUUGCUCCCAGUGAACCUCUUUCCAAGGAAAAAUUUGUUCAUUACUGCUACACUUGUAGUUAUAUACUUUACUGUGUUCAUCCAGGGAAUCACAAUUGGACCAUUGGUCAGAUAUCUAGGUGUUAAAAAGACCAACAAAAAGGAGUCCAUCAAUGAAGAAAUUCACAUGAGAUUGAUGGAUCACUUCAAGGCUGGUAUUGAAGACAUAUGUGGACAUUGGAGUCAUUAUCAGCUGAGAGAUAAAUUUAAGAAGUUUGACAAUAAGUAUUUGAAGAAAAUUUUAAUUCGGGAGCAUCAACCCAAAUCCAGCCUUGUGUCAUUAUACAAAAAGAUGGAGAUAAAACUGGCCAUUGAGAUGGCUGAGAAUGCCAUGGAAAUUUCAAAAUCAUCCACAGCUUCUUUACAGAGCUGGAGAAAUCAGUGUGUGCACAGGCUCUCCCCUGCUGAGGUGGAGUCCAUGAGAAAUGUCCUGACACAUAACCUAUACCAAGUGCGACAAAGGGCACCGUCAUACAACCGCCACAACCUGCCCACCAACACCAGCGAGAAGCAAGCCCAGGAAAUCCUCAUCCGUCGGCAGCACAGCCUGAGGCAGAGUUGCAGGAAGGGAAACAGCUUACCUUGGGGUAGACCGGCUAGCACCACGGGCGCACGCUACCUCUCCUUGCCGCAGGGCCAUGGCCAGCCCACUUGGCGAAAAGCCAGGCAUGUUACUUUUACAGAUCACCCCAGAAGCAACUCUGAGGGUGGCAUCCCGGUAAGGUUCAGACCCCAGCCCCGGCUACGGCCGCUCGAAGCAAAGCACCGCCAGGAGGAGCUGAUUCCAAUGGCACGCUUAGACAGACAUGUCUGCCCAUCUGAUUUCUCAGGUCAAAGAGGAAAUUCAAUCAGUCAGCAUCGUUUCACCAGAGCAGACAAUCUAGCUCUAAUGCCAAAGACUCGAUUCACUGGGGGAGAAGUUGAGGGGUAUGAGUCAGAAGAAGAGACAGAAACGAUGGCACCAGCCAGGCCAUUAGACAUAUGAGGAGCAGAGAAGAGUGAUGUUCGCAUCUCUAGGGUCCUCUGCGUGCUGCUCCAGAGAAAAUAACAGAGCUCUUAUAUGAACCAAACCACAAAUUUCCUUUUGGGACCAGUGCACUCAUUCUCGUAUCACUUUCAAACACUGUAUCAAGGUACUUAGUGGCUCAGAGAAGACUCAAAUUCUUAUAUGUUUAUAUCAAGUUUACUUUUCAA